GAGGGGUAGAAUUAAGUGUGCUGCAGGAGACCAGUAAUGGGCGGGUCUGUGCUCGGUUCGAUUUUCAGAACAACCUGUCACGCCAAGUCAGACCAGAAGAUGGACGUCCGUGGAAUUUCUCUUUCAACCACUUUGUGGUGCAGCCAGGUCUGACAUACCAAGUGACUGUCCAUCACCUGCCCAAAUUAGGCACUGAUGGAGACCAAAAUUGCAAAUCUAAGUCAUAUACAGUACCAGGUUGCAUGGAUCCUGCCAUGAAACUGACUGCGCCAUGUCUGCAAAUAGGUAGUCUGUGGGAGCCAAACAUUGAAGGGGCAAGCCUAGGUGACAAUUCUGUUAUGGUGAGCUUUAACCCAGCACUUGACCCAGCCAGUUACCGCAUCCGCGUGGCCAGUUUUCAAGAUGAAAAGGAAUGCAAGACAGGCACAAAAGAGAUCGUAGAGGAAGGGCUGAAGCAGCGGCUGAACGUCACAGUUGAAAUAGAGAGAAACUUGAAGGCUUGUUGCUCAUACAAAGUGCAGAUCCAGCCAUUCUUUGCAGCUUGUGGCACAGAUUGUCUGAGGCAUUUUGCUUCCAUCCCAUGUCCCACACCUUUCCUGCCUACAACAAGCGACGACAGAAUGAACGGAACUGAUUCUUCGGUGUGGGUAUCCUGGUGUAGCACUCUUGUCUGCUUUUUAGUAGUCGGGGGUAUUGUUGCUUGGGUUUUUUGUCAUGCUCGGAGAUAUAAAGGACCACAUUCUGGAACAAGUAAUAAUGAUGGUACACAACAGGGUCUGCUGCCCGUGUCACAGCCUGCCCCACUCCUGAAGCCCAGCAAGGUCUGGAUUGUAUAUUCUGCCGAUCACAAGCUCUACGUCGAUGUCGUGAUCAAGUUUGCUCAGUUCAUGUUCACGGUCUGUGGAACGGAGGUGGUAUUAGACCUGCUGGAGGAGCAUGAGAUUUCCAAGGUGGGAGCCAUGCGCUGGCUCACCCGGCAAAAGCAAGAAAUGGAAGAGCUCUCUUCCAAGAUCAUCAUCUUGUGCUCUCGAGGCACACGAGCCAAGUGGCAGGCCAUGCUUGGGCACAUGGAAGGGUCCGUCUCUCUCAGGCAAGACAACCUGCUGCCAACAGGGGACAUGUUCACCCCUGCCUUGAAUCUGAUCCUGCCAGACUUCAAGCAGCCCGCUUGCUUUGGCACAUACCUGGUCUGCUACUUUGAGGGCAUAAGUGAUGAAAGGGAUAUCCCAGACCCGUUCAAUGUCACCUCCAAGUACCAGCUGAUGGACAAGUUUGAAGAAGUUUACUUCCUGAUUCAGGAUCUGGAGAAAUUCGAGCCAGGGCGGGUCCAUCAGAUCCCGGAGAUCUCUGCCGAAAAGUACAGCGAGAGCCCUAGCGGCAGGAAGCUGAAAGAAGCAGUGCAGAAGUUCAAGGAAUGGCAGGCUGAGCACCCUGAUUGGUUUGAGAGAGAAAAUGCAGGUGGGGAGGCAGAAGGUGAGCUGCAGUCUCUGAAUGGGGAGCUCUGUGAGGAUUUAACACUGGACGAGGGGGGGAUUUUGAAACGGCAGCUCUUUCCACAGGAGCCUGACCCCGACAGCUGUUGCCUGGUUGACCUCUGCAUCAAUGAGGAGGAGCUCGGAACCUGUCAGCUGCUACCCCAGCUUCCUCCACAAGAGGACCCAGCAUUCCACACCUUGAUCAUUCCUGCAGAUGACAAGACUUCUGCGGUCCAGGUAGUAGAGCCAGUUGCUCUUGCAGAAGAGAGAGAGAUAUUCAGCCAUCAACUGUUGACAAACGAAGACUGGAUGAAAGGAGGAGACCCAGUACUGGAGGCAAGCAUGCUAAGGAGGAACAGUGUUGUCCUUCAAGAAGAACUGUCCUCAAAUUCCCAGCCCCUACCGGCUGAUGUAAGGCAACAGCUGGAGGGGCUAAUGUUUUCUCUCUAUCACCAAAGCAUUGCCUUUUCAGAACCACUUGUCUGCCAGGAAGUGGUUAACGAACAGCAGCAGCCUGCAGUUUUUGAGGAGAUGUGCAAAGAUCAGAGGGAGUCAAUGCAAUCGGACCAGGGUUACAUUUCCAGAUGUUCUCCUUUGCCUUCAGAUGGCCCUGUUGAAGAAGAAGAGGAUGAGGAGGGAAAAGAUCAGGAAAGCCACAGAGAUGCUGAGCAUCUUUCUGCAGACAUCUUGGGCAGUCUAAAGAGUCUUCAGCAACAGCUGUUUUUCCAGGACGUUCAGCAGAACUCCAACUGGAGUUGCAAGGGGGACAGAAUGGGUGUUCUCUAG